UUAAUUUAGUUGAAUCCCGCGGCGGCUCAGUGGAAACGCGGGAAUGUGCUGCGGUGUCUGCGGGACGGAGGCUGUGAUUUUCAGCGGCUGAAAGUGACUGAGGAGCCCCGGGGAGGAGGUGCAGCAGGAGGAAGAACACCCCGCAUCAUGGCACCAAACUUUGAGCCACACUCUCCCGCCCGGACGGAGUGACGGCAUGGGGGGCCGCGGAGCUCCGGAGCCCGCACACUGACGCCCUCCCAGCGGGUGGAGCCCGGAGGAGAAGCGGCCGGCCGGCUGCCGCCGCCUCACCCACCUGAAGCACCUGCGGCCGGGGGACGACGGGACGGCCGGGCGCGCUGUGGUGAUGCUUCUGCUCCAUUUCUCUUCUGCUCUCAGUUUUGGUUUCCCCAAGAAGAUCCGCGCUAUCCCGCAAUGGCUCGCUUCGAAGACUACAAAGGAGGAGGCGGAGGAGGAGGCGGCGGCGGCAGCGGUCCCGGCUCCUGUCAGUCCUCGACAGCGGCGGGGUCGACGGCGUCGGCGGCGGGCAGAGGGGCCAGCCGUCCGCCGCCGGGGCCUCCCGGGGGCCAGAGGAUGUACAAGCAGACGAUGGCCCAGAGAGCCCGGACUAUGGCCAUUUACAACCCCAUCCCCGUCAAGCAGAACUGCCUCACCGUCAAUCGCUCUCUGUUCAUCUUCAGCGAGGACAACAUCAUCCGGAAAUAUGCCAAAAAGAUCACCGAAUGGCCUCCGUUCGAGUAUAUGAUUCUGGCCACCAUCAUAGCGAACUGCAUCGUCCUGGCUCUGGAGCAGCACCUGCCCGCCUCGGACAAGACGCCCAUGUCUGAGCGCCUGGACGACACAGAGCCUUACUUUAUUGGAAUAUUUUGCUUCGAAGCUGGCAUCAAGAUCAUUGCCCUGGGCUUCGCCUUUCACAAAGGCUCCUACCUGCGUAAUGGCUGGAAUGUAAUGGACUUUGUGGUGGUCCUAACAGGGAUCCUGGCCACUGUGGGCGCAGACUUUGACCUGAGGACGCUGAGGGCGGUGAGAGUUUUGCGGCCACUCAAACUGGUUUCCGGUAUUCCAAGUCUCCAGGUGGUGUUGAAGUCCAUAAUGAAAGCCAUGGUGCCUCUUCUGCAGAUCGGCCUACUGCUCUUCUUCGCCAUCCUCAUGUUCGCCAUCAUCGGCCUUGACUUCUACAUGGGAAAGUUCCACCGCACCUGCUUCAGGACGGACACGGGCGAGCAGGUGGAGGAUUUCCCAUGUGGCCUGGAGGCGCCGGCGAGGACCUGCGGUAACGGCACCGACUGCAAGGAGUACUGGAUCGGACCUAACUUUGGCAUCACCAACUUUGACAACAUCCUCUUUGCCGUUCUGACCGUUUUCCAGUGCAUCACCAUGGAGGGCUGGGUGGAUAUCCUCUACAACGCAAACGAUGCCUCGGGGAACACGUGGAACUGGCUCUACUUCAUCCCACUCAUCAUCAUCGGCUCCUUCUUCAUGCUCAACCUGGUGCUGGGUGUCCUUUCGGGGGAGUUCGCAAAGGAGAGAGAGCGAGUGGAGAAGAGGCAGGAGUUCCUUAAACUGCGGCGACAGCAGCAGAUAGAGAGAGAGCUGACGGGGUACCUGGAGUGGAUCUGCAAAGCAGAGGAGGUGAUGUUGGCUGAGGAAGACAAGAACGCAGUGGAGAAGUGUCUGGAUGGAGCGUGGUACAAAAGGAAACACACCAACUCUGUGCUGAAAAGAACCAAGAAGAGUAAGAACGACCUGAUCAAUGCAGAGGAGGGAGAGGACCACUUCACCGACAUCUCGUCUGUUGGGUCGCCGUUCGCCCGGGCCAGCGUGAAGAGCAAGAACGAGAGCUCCUCGUACUUGAGGAGGAAGGAAAAGCGGAUUCGCUUCACCAUCCGCCGCCUGGUGAAGUCUCAGAGCUUCUACUGGACCGUGCUGUGCCUGGUGGGCCUCAACACGCUGUGCGUGGCCAUCGUGCACUACGACCAGCCCGACUGGCUCACCUACGCCCUAUACCUGGCGGAGUUUGUUUUCCUGGGCCUGUUCCUGGCCGAGAUGUCCAUGAAGAUGUACGGCCUCGGGCCGCAGAACUACUUCCACUCCUCCUUCAACUGCUUCGACUUCGGGGUGAUCAUCGGCAGUAUCUUCGAGGUGAUCUGGGCUGCCAUCAAACCCGGAGCCUCAUUCGGGAUCAGCGUCCUGCGAGCUCUCCGACUGCUGCGCAUCUUCAAAGUCACCAAGUACUGGAACUCUCUGAGGAACCUGGUGGUUUCCCUGCUGAACUCCAUGAAGUCCAUCAUCAGUCUCCUUUUCCUGCUCUUCCUCUUCAUCGUGGUCUUCGCUCUUCUGGGCAUGCAGCUGUUUGGUGGACAGUUUAAUUUUGAAGACGAAACACCGACGACCAACUUUGACACGUUCCCAGCGGCCAUCCUCACUGUCUUCCAGAUCCUGACAGGCGAGGACUGGAACGCCGUCAUGUACCAUGGCAUCAAGUCGCAGGGCGGCGUGCACGGGGGGAUGUUCUCCUCCAUUUAUUUCAUUGUCCUCACCCUCUUUGGAAACUACACGCUCCUCAAUGUCUUCCUGGCCAUCGCUGUGGAUAACCUGGCAAAUGCACAGGAGCUCACAAAGGAUGAGGAGGAGCAAGAGGAGGCGAUCAAUAAGAAGCUGGCGCUUCAGAAGGCCAAGGAGGUAAAGGAGGUCAGCCCCAUGUCGGCCGCUAACAUUUCCAUCACAGCUUUUCUAACACGCAGUCGAGGUAACGCGCACUCUAGCAGCUCAUCCAUCUGCAGCGUUAACUCACUGAGUUAUGUCUGCACCCCUGUUCAUCACUACCUGAGCAAAGAGGAGCAGAAGCCGGUGAAGACGAUGUCGGUGUGGGAGCAGAGGGCCAACCAGAUGAGGAGGCAUAACCGGGCCAGCUGCGAGGCGCUCUACAGCGAACUGGACCCCGAAGAGCGCCUCCGCCUGUCCUCCGCCCUCCAUAUCCGGCCCGACAUGAAGACCCACCUGGACCGCCCGCUGGUCGUGGAGCCUCGAGACGGUGCUCUGAUAGGCGGCCCCCACCACCACCACCACCACCACCACCACCACCACCACACGCCCUGCGCACCGGAGGAGGCUGAGACCGCUGCCGACCCUCCUCCACCGCCUCCCCCGCUCGACACGGCCCCUCACCAGCCCCGCCGCCACCACCGCCACCGAGACAGGGACCGCGCCAGGACCAGAGACGAAACCAACGACAAUGGCGACGCCACCAAAGAGGGGCGGCACCACGUCCACCACAGCCACUCCAAAGACCACGACGGCAGCCGCUGCAAAGAAGGGAAGAGCGAACGGUCCCGCAGCCGCGAGGCAGGCAAGAAGCACCACCACCAGAGCUCGGGGGAGGACGGCGGAGGCGGCACCGGCGAGAGACAGCACCGGCAUCAUCAUUCGCACCGCCAGUCCCGAGGGGGCAAUGGGACAGUGAAUAGCGGGGGGAGGGGGGAGCGGCAGUCCCGUCAUAAAGAUGGCCGUUCGUCCAACAGAGAUGGGGAGAGGAACUCCAGGGGGGACAGCGGCGGGAACGGGGAGAGGAGGACGCAUCGGACUCAUGGAUCCAGGGGUCAGUCCACGGCGGAGGGGGAGGAGUCCAACGAUAGAGAGAAGAGCCACAGUUACAGGGUGGGUGACUCAGAGGGGGAGUCCCUGGCUAUCUCCCCCGAGCAGGGCUCCAGGAGGAUGAACUGGCCCACAGACCAGCCAGAGGACUCUGACAACCAGAGGAACGUCGGACGAACCUCGCAGUCCUCCAUCCACAUCCCUCCUGUCACCAUCACCUCCCCACCCGGAGAGACCACCCUGAUCCAGAUGAACAGCAUGGACUGUGAGACGAUGCCCAUGACUGAGAAGACCCUGGAGGACCUGGCUCAGAUUGGACCCAAACCCAUCCUGCCUUACAGCUCUAUGUUCAUCUUCGGACAGGCCAACCCGGUCAGGCGGCUGUGUCACUACAUCGUGACUCUGCGCUACUUCGAGAUGUCCAUCCUGGUGGUCAUCGCCAUGAGCAGCAUCGCUCUGGCAGCGGAGGACCCCGUGUGGACCAACGCCCCCCGAAACAACGUACUCAAAUAUCUGGACUACGCCUUCACCGGAGUCUUCACCUUUGAAAUGGUCAUCAAGAUGGUGGACCUGGGCCUGCUGCUUCAUCCAGGUUCGUACUUCAGAGACCUGUGGAACAUUCUGGACUUCAUAGUGGUCAGUGGAGCGCUGGUGGCAUUUGCAUUUUCGAGCUUCAUGGGAUCGCAACAAGGUGUGACCAGGGGGACCAAAGGCAAAGACAUCAGCACCAUCAAGUCACUGAGGGUCCUUCGGGUGCUCAGGCCUCUCAAGACCAUCAAACGUCUGCCCAAACUCAAGGCGGUGUUUGACUGCGUGGUGAACUCUCUGAAGAACGUCCUGAACAUCCUGAUCGUUUACAUCCUCUUCAUGUUCAUCUUCGCCGUCAUCGCCGUGCAACUCUUUAAGGGGAAGUUCUUCUACUGCACCGACGAGUCCAAAGGCCUGCAGAAGGACUGCAAAGGCCAGUUCCUCGACUACGACAAAGACGAAGUGGCGGCGAUGCCCCGCGAGUGGAAGAAGUACGAGUUCCACUACGACAACGUGCUGUGGGCCUUCCUCACCCUCUUCACCGUGUCCACCGGGGAGGGCUGGCCAACUGUCUUGAAGCACUCUGUGGACGCUACCUUCGAGGACCAGGGCCCCAGUCCGGGAUACCGUAUAGAGAUGUCCAUCUUCUACGUGGUCUACUUCGUGGUGUUCCCCUUCUUCUUCGUCAACAUCUUCGUGGCUUUGAUCAUCAUCACCUUCCAGGAGCAGGGCGACAAGGCCCUGUCCGAGUGCAGCCUGGAGAAGAACGAGAGAGCUUGUAUCGACUUCGCCAUCAACGCCAAACCUCUGACGCGCUACAUGCCGGAGAACACGCAGUCCUUCCAGUACCGGAUGUGGAAGUUUGUGGUGUCGGCUCCUUUCGAGUACUCCAUCAUGAUCAUGAUCGCCCUGAACACCGUGGUUCUCAUGAUGAAGUUUCAUGGAGCUCCUGACUUUUAUGAAGUGAUGCUGAAGAACCUCAACAUCGUGUUCACCACCCUCUUCUCUCUGGAGUGCAUCCUGAAGAUCAUCGCCUUCGGUCCUCUGAACUACCUGAAGGACGCCUGGAACGUCUUUGACUUUGUGACGGUGUUGGGCAGCAUCACUGACAUCCUGGUGACUGAAAUCAAUACACAGGACCGGCUGCUCAACCUGAGCUUCCUGAGACUCUUCAGAGCGGCGCGGCUCAUCAAGCUGCUGCGGCAGGGCUACACCAUCCGCAUCCUGCUGUGGACCUUCGUCCAGUCCUUCAAGGCCCUGCCUUACGUCUGCCUGCUGAUUGCCAUGCUCUUCUUCAUCUACGCCAUCAUCGGGAUGCAGGUGUUCGGGAACAUCGAUCUGAACGAGGACACGGCCAUCAAUCACCACAACAACUUCCGCACGUUCCUGCAGGCCCUCAUGCUGCUGUUCAGGAGUGCGACGGGGGAGGCCUGGCACGAGAUCAUGCUGUCGUGUUUGAGCCACCGCGCCUGUGACGAGCGAUCGGGGACCCACGGGAAGGAGUGUGGCAGCGACUUUGCCUACUUCUAUUUCGUCUCCUUCAUCUUCCUCUGCUCCUUCCUGAUGCUGAACCUGUUUGUGGCCGUCAUCAUGGACAACUUCGAGUACCUGACCCGGGACUCGUCCAUCCUGGGCCCUCACCACUUGGACGAGUUCAUCCGGGUCUGGGCAGAGUACGACCCGGCCGCGUGUGGCCGUAUCAAGUACCUCGAAAUGUAUCAGAUGCUGCUCCACAUGUCCCCACCCUUAGGUUUGGGAAAGAAAUGUCCGCCCAGAGUCGCCUACAAGCGCCUCGUCAAGAUGAACAUGCCCAUCGCCGACGACAACACGGUCCACUUCACGUCCACCCUGAUGGCGCUGAUUCGCACCGCGCUGGAGAUCAAACUGGCCUCAGGCAUGGUGGCCCAGCGACUAUCGGACGCUGAGCUGAAGAAGGAGCUGUCCACGGUGUGGCCCAGCCUUUCCCAGAAGACCAUGGACCUGCUGGUGACGCCUCACAAGCCCAAUGAGCUGACAGUUGGGAAGGUUUAUGCGGCGUUGAUGAUCUUCGACUACUACAAGCAGAAUCGAGCCCGGAGACUGCAGCUGCAGCAGCAGCAGGGCACAUCAGGCCCCCCGUGCAAGGUCGGGGCUCUGUUUAAGCCUCUGCUGCCUCUGACUCACAUGCAGGAGAGAGACCUGCCGCAGCCCAGACCCCUCGCCCAGCCCCAGCCGCAGGCCCCGCCCAGCUCCAACUCCCUCAACAACGGGGGCGCCGCCGUGCCGAGUCACGACCGCAGCGUCAAGCCGUCCUCUUCCUGGGCGACAGACAAACCCAAAGAGCCGUCUCGAGCUAGGACCAAGAAGAGCGUGUCCCGGGGUCCGUCCGAGGACGCGCCGGACGCCGCUGCCGCCGCUCAGGAGUCAGUGGAGAUGAGGAAGAUGGAGACCAGCGUCAGCAGCACCAUCCCGGCUCCCGGUUCCGGUCUGGAUAACCAGGGCAGAGCCGCCUCCAUGCCUCGACUCAACGCCGAGCUGCAGCGGAGUCACUCCCGUCACUCUCCUGGGAUCCACCUGGCCACUGUCCCUGAUUCCAGUCCCAUGAAGCGGUCCGCCUCCACCGUGGCUCCACAGCGGCCCCAGGAGGUCAACCUGAGGGACUACACCCUGGAGAAACCCAGCCAGGACCGGCCGCACCACCACCAUCACCACCACCACCGCUGCCACCACCGCAGGGACAGAGACCGGGACCGAGACCGGGAGAAGAGGCAGAGGUCUCUGGAUACACCUCUGGGUGCUCAGCCUGCCAGCUCUGGAGCGGCAGGAGAGCCGGCGUCCAACCCCCCCGCCUCCAGGGAGCGAGGACACGACCGAGGGCGCUCCCACGAGAGGAAACACCACCACUCCUCCGCCGACAAGCAGCGCUACUACUCCUGUGACCGCUACUGCAGCCGGGAACACUGCCACACCAAGUCUGCCACCGCCAGCUGUGCUGCCUCCCCCAGCGAGGGGCAGGAAACCAGCAACAAGCAGGGCAGUGGUUGGGUUAAAGGCGGCCCCGUGGCGCUGAGCUCCGCCUCGAGCACGCCGAGCCGCGGCCGCCGGCAGCUGCCCCAGACCCCCCUCACCCCGCGGCCCGGGGUGGCCUUCAAGACUGCCAACUCCUCCCCCGUGCACUUUGUGUCCAGCCAGUCGAGUCUGAGUCCAGGCCGGCUGAGCCGCGGCCUGUCGGAGCACAACGCCCUCCGCCACAGCGACUCCCGCCACCUCCUCCCCUGCCCCGUCACCCGCAUCAGCUCCGAGCCCUUCCUGGGCCGCGGCCACGGCGAGGCCCCGGGCGGCCCCUACGGCAGCCUGCGGGACCAGCUGGACGUCUUCCGGGACGCGGCGGCGGCGUCCCCCGGCCCCCGCGCCGGACGCUCCUCUCGGACCGCACUGCCCCGCUCCAUCGGAGCCCCGCCCCCCGCCACACGGCAGAACCUCGGGUUGCCCAACGGGUACCACUUCAGCUUCGGCGGCGGCGACGGCGGCGGCCCCGGCCCCGGCGUCAGGGCUCCCAGGUAUUACCAGGAGGCGGAGGAGGACGAAUGGUGCUAGCAUGGCUUCAAACCAACCUUUUGAAUGCAUCCUGGAGGAAUCGUGAUGAGUUUUAUCAUCUUCUUUGAAGGCUUUAGUUUACAUCGUCACUGUGUGUGUGUUUCAACCCGACCCCGGAGA